AUGGGGCUCCGAGGCGAGAGGGAAAGGGCGGGAAGGGGCAAAGGGCGGCCAAGGAGGACGAAAAGGGGAAGCUGUCGCUGGGCGGGAGACGGCGGAGGAGCGGGACGGGGCGGGGUCCGCGGGAGAACAGGAAGGCGGGAAGGGGAGAGAGCGCGGAGUUCGGAGCUCCAGCAGGCACAGGCCGCGGCGGAUAAGGGGGCGCGGAGAGGCCCAGGCCCGGCCCAGGCAGGAGGCGUCGGGAGACGACGCGACCCAAGGCGGGCGGGCCCGGGGAAAACCGCCCGCGGCCAGACCGUCUGUGCAGGCCGAGACGCUAUGCUGCGGCCCCUCCCCGUCACGUCAGGGCACUUACCGCCUCGCAGCUGGGGCGCUCCGGUGAUGCGGUGCAGUCAGUUCACAGCGUCUCUCCCGAAUCUCGGCGCCCAACUGACCCGGAUCCAAACCAGCCAAGGGGGCGGCCCGCGCCUCGGGAGUCGCAUUGCGCCUGCGCACUCCGGCAUACACCCCGCCCCCUACUCAUGCGCCUCCCACCCCGGUGACUCGGCAGCGCGGCAGGGGACGGCUGCGCAGGCGCAGGGCGGGGGCCGCGCCUCUCGAACGCCCCGCACCCGCCCCCCUCGGAAGCACGUGCGCCUUACGUAAUUUCCUGUUAUUCUUCGGUCUGCCUCCUCCCAGUGGCGUGGAUUUGCUCCCGACCAGCUUUUGGGGCGUGCCUGCUUCUUCCUCUCUGUCAGGAUGAAGAGUGAAGGAGGACUCUGUGAUACCUCAGCCAUGUGCCAGUGUGCCGAUUCCCAUUAAGCCUGCACCGAUUUGAUUUCCAAGACUCCAGUCAAUCCUCAGAGCUCCAGGUAACUGCUGAUCACCAGCAGAGGGAGCCCUAGGACCACAGGGCCUCUUUCCUUACCGAUGGUAAAGCCCUUCACUGUGGCUUCAAAACUGUGGAAGACCCAGAAUUUGUGGAUCACUUGCCUUUAGAAUAGAAUCAAGAAAUAACGCUGCAGAAGAAUCUCCACAUGGCAAGGAUUGGGAGUGUUGAGAGGGGCCCCUGGGGUGCUGGUAAUAUUGUUCCUUGAUCCCGAUGUUGGUUAUAGGAAUGUGUGCUGUAAUGUAGUAUAUGUACAUUUUUUUGUGCAUAUAACUGAACUUCAAUUAAAAGUUUUUAAAACUUAAAA